GACAGACCGACGGAGGAGAGACUUCGGGAUUUAAAAACACGACUUUUUAUAAAAGUUGUGCGGAAUCAUGGAGUUAUGUCGGGUCUACUUGUUUCUCUUUUUAUUCUGUCAUCACGUCUUUAUCAGCCUCCAGUCGAAAGAACAAGUAUUGCUGGAUAUGAGAGCUUCAGGAUCAGAGUUGGGGUGGUUGACGUUGCCAUAUGAGAACGGAUGGGAGAUAGUUCAAACGGUGGUGAACGGCUCGCUAUUCUACACCUACAGUGUGUGUAGCAUUGACUCUACAGAACAGGACAACUGGUUACGCACGACAUUCAUCCAGCGGCGCCCGGGAGCCACUCGAGUCUCUGUGGAGCUCCGCUUUAUUGUGAGAGACUGCAACACCUUUGAUGGUGCUUCAGUCGCCUGCAAAGAAACCUUCAACCUUUUCAUCUCAGAGGCCGACGCUGACGUUGGAACCAACUUCCGUAAAGGCCAGUUUCGCAAAGUGGCCACCAUCGCUCCUGACGAGGUCACACGGGGUCGCGUGCUGAAGGUCAACAUGGAGACGAGGGCCAUGGGGCCUCUGUCUAGAAAGGGCUUCUACCUGGCUUUUCAGGACAUGGGCGCGUGUGUGGCGCUGCUGUCUGUCAGAGUUUACUACAAGACGUGCCCAGCCACGGUCCAGAGCUUGGCGGACUUCCCGGAGACUGUGGCGGAUUCUCUCAGGGAGGUGGAGGGAGCCUGUGUGGAGAAUGCCGUCAGCCAGGCCACCCCACGCAUCUACUGCACAGCUGAGGGAGAAUGGGUGGUUCCCGUGGGGCAGUGCCAAUGUCUCGCCGGCUAUGAAACCACCGGGGAAUCCUGCCAAGAAUGCAAACCAGGUUACUUCAAGCCAUCUGUAUCAGGCGAGUUGUGUCAAGUGUGUCCCGAUAACACAAAGCCGUCCGCGGCUGGCGCCACCGACUGUCAAUGUGAGGAGGGUUUCUUCCGCUCCCCUUCAGACCCUCCUACGUCCCCCUGCUCUGCUCCACCCAGUGCCCCUCGAGACCUGACCUCCACCACCCUCUCAGCAGAGGGCAGGCUGCAUCUGUCCUGGAGCCUGCCGCUGGUGACCGGGGGCCGCAGGGACCUCACCUACAGUGUGGAGUGCAAACACUGCGAGGGGGCCGUGUGUGUCCCAUGUGGCGAGAAGAUCCGCUUCGAGACGGGUCCGACAGACCUGCAGGACACUGAGGUUGUGAUUAGUGACCUGGACUCUCAUCUGAACUACACCUUCACCGUGGAGACUCACAGCGGCGUGUCCCAGUUCGGUACGGAGAGGCCCAUCGCCAGCAUCACCACCGCUCUGGACUACAACGAUCCCCCCAAGGUGACGUUGAUCCAUCUGGAUGAUCGCAGCCCCACCAGUCUGUCUCUGUCCUGGACUCUGUCUCGCAGGGCUCCAGCCCACAUCAAUCACCGCUACGAGCUCAUGUACCGCAGAAAAGAUGAUGAGGGCGAGCGUGAUGUGACCACCUACACAGUCCUGAUUUUGGAGAAAAGUUCAGUUUUGAUCAGUGACCUCACCCCAGACACUACGUACAUGUUCAGGGUCCAGGCACUGAGUCCUGAAGGAAACCCCGGCAGCUACAGUGUGGAGCACGAGUUCCCUACUUUACCUCUAGCCGAGUCUCUGACCCAGAACAGCUCCACCAUGGUGAUGGGAGCAGUCGUUGGCGUCGCGGUUAUUCUGCUCGUUGUGGUGGCCGUCCUGUUGCUGCGUAAACGGAGAAUGAACUCUCGUGGCAGGGGAGGACCUGAAGAUCCUUACUUCUCAACAGAUCAACUCAAGCCUCUGAAGACAUACGUUGAUCCACACAUGUAUGAGGACCCUAACAUUGCCAUUGCGAAGUUUGUCACAGAAAUUGACCCCAGUGCCAUUAGCAAACAGAAAGUCAUCGGUGUUGGAGAGUUCGGGGAAGUGUUUUGGGGCGUGAUGAAGACUCCUGGGCGAGGGGAGGUGCCCGUCGCGAUCAAGACCCUGAAGCCGGGGUACUCUGAGAAACAAAGGCAGGACUUCUUGAGCGAGGCCAGCAUCAUGGGUCAGUUUUCGCACCCCAAUAUCAUCCGCCUGGAGGGAGUCGUCACCAAAUGUGAGUCCAUAACAUCAGAAAGAAAUCAAAGAAAUCACUCUAAUUUCAUUUGCAUCAGCUGCUUGUGUGGUUUUCUUUCUCUAAACCUAUAUUUUCUGUUUCUAAUUUCAGUCAAGCACUUAAUGAUAGUGACCGAAUACAUGGAGAACGGAGCCCUCGACACAUAUCUGAAGGACAGAGAUGGGGAGAUUCAUUCAUAUCAGCUGGUGGGGAUGCUGCGGGGAAUAGCUGCUGGCAUGAAAUACCUCUCCGACAUGAACUACGUCCACCGUGACCUGGCAGCGAGAAACUGUCUGGUUAACAGCCUCCUGGAGUGCAAAGUCUCUGAUUUUGGGCUGUCACGUGUGCUGGAGGAUGAUGCUGAGGGCACUUACACAACCAGGGGAGGUAAAAUCCCCAUUCGCUGGACGGCCCCUGAGGCCAUCGCUUACAGGAAAUUCACUUCAGCUAGCGACGUGUGGAGCUUCGGCAUCGUUAUGUGGGAAGUCAUGGCAUUCGGAGAACGGCCCUACUGGGACAUGAGCAACCAUGAGGUCAUGAAGGCUAUCAACGAGGCAUUCAGGCUUCCUGCUCCGAUGGACUGCCCCUCCGCUAUCUACCAGCUCAUGCUCCAGUGUUGGCAGAACGACCGCUCCAAACGGCCUCGCUUCACUGACGCUGUCAUCACAUUGGACAAACUGCUCCGGUGCCCAGAGUCUCUGAAAGCCAUCGCUGACUUUGAUCCACGCGUGUCCAUCCGCCUGCCCAGCACCAGCGGCUGUGACGGCACCACCUUCAGGUCGGUGCCCGAGUGGCUGGAGUCCAUCAAGAUGAACCAGUACAACGAAAGCUUUGCUCGUGCGGGGAUCACGACCAUGGAGCAGGUGCUCGCAUUGAGGCAUGAAGACAUCAGGAACAUUGGAGUGCGGUUGCCCGGUCACAUGAAGAGGAUAGCGUACAGCAUCCUGGGUCUGAAAGACGAGACCAGCUCGCUCAGCGUGUUUGCAGUGUGAUCUAAAGCAUUCCUCCAAAUCAAAGUGCACUGACCGACCACGCCAUUUCACUCACGGACAGGGAGGACUGAAGGGGGGGUGAAACUGAGCUACACUGCAGGUUUUUUUUAGUGUGGCGCGACUGAAGAGGAGCCUCUACGCCACUCAGAAAGGACUUGGCUCCAAAACACUUAUGUACUUUAUAAUAACAGAAGACAAUUAAUUUAUCUUUAUGUAAAAAAAAUGUUUUAUAUGUUUGAAAAUGAACAAGUGAUGUGAUUUUGUAAUUAAAACAAUUAUAAAAGUAAAUGCUAAAUGUGAGAAAAUGUGAGAUUGCUUGGUCUGUUUUUACUGAAUGACUGAAAUAUUUAAUGUUGUUUAUUAUUAUGGGCAUUCUCUUCCAAGCACUCACUUUAUCCUGCCAGAGUUUCUGGAUCCUUAUAUCUGUUUGUUUUUCUACAUUUCUAUUCAUGAUCAAUGAGACUUACUUAAAAAAAGUCAACUCAGGGCAAAUUAUCACACAUUCUGUAGUUAGUCUGUGUCAUACGAUGCAUUUUCCUCAGUCUUUUGUUUGUUUACAUUGUCUCUUAAACGAACUGUUCAUUUUUAUUUAAUAUUUAUUUUAUUUUGUAUUUAUGUCAUUUGUUACAUGAAAAAUAACUCUGAUCUGGCGCAUAUUUGCCAGGUGUUGUA